ACUGACUCCACUCACACAUCACGCUGUGAGGGGCCAUGUCGCAGUACACUCUGGGAGUUCACCUGCAGAUUCUGCUGGCCGUGGGUCUGGCCGUGUUCUGCUACUGUUUGGUCCUCGGUUGUAUCCUUUGCUGUCGAAGGAGGAAGAAUGUCUCAUCACAGGACAAGGAGGCCGCUUUUCUGUCUUCCCAUCCAGCUGAGACGGUGACUGUGACAUUGACUCCAUCUCCGUGUGCGCAGCCUGUUAAGCAGCAGUAUGAGGAGCUGGAUGGAGACGUGUUGGAGUUUCCUUCCUUUAAGAGCAGCUCCUCUCCUUCUGAGGAUGACGCUGCUGCUCUGCCCUUUGACCCGAGCCCGACCAGAUCGGCUGAGCUGGUGCACUCUGCUGGAUCAUUUUUCCCAAUGCGGCGCCUCAGCUCCCCGGCAGUUCCCUGCACACUCAGUAAACCUCAGAGUCAUGGCAGAGCCUCUUUGCCCUCCCUCACAAAGCUGAGCCUGGUGUCUAAAUCUCGUCGGGCAAUGGGUCGGCGUAGCACCGUGAGCAGUGAAAGUUUUCUUUACAGCGAGAGCAGUCGACUGAGUGCUGCUGCUGCCAAGGCCCCCACCCAGCAGCAUCAGCCUAGUGGAUCACAGUAUGGCUCUAACUCUCUCUCCAUCCACACAAAGCCGGCUCCUCUCUUGCACUUCUCCCUGCUCUUCUCCUCAGCCUGUGCCACCCUGCUGGUCAACAUCUUGGGGCUCUCAGGGGCCAAUCGAAGACGCAGCGGGGUGUUUGUCAGAGCCAGCCUCCCUCCACUCUGCCCUUCUCCUCAGCAGAUUGCCUCUCGACGUCGCAGCUUCAGCCCAGAUCUCCAGAGUCAGAGCUUUGUGCUGCAGGUGGGCUCUGUGGAGGAGCUGCGUACCUGCACACUGAGACUGGCCGUCUACAGCAGGGACUUCUCAGGCCUCAGGGAGGCUGUGCUGGGGGUCGUGGAGCUGUCCUGUGAGCAGAUGGACUGGGAGCCUGACAUCACCACCACCUACACCAGGCAGCUCACCCCAACUAAGAGCAAGUUGAAAAAGAGUGUCAGCUCUCAGGAAACGCUAGGUCACAGGAGGAGCUUGGUUGGUGUCCCACGGGCUUUGGGCCAACUCUUUAUCCUGCUGCAGUACCAGACGCUGGCCCAGCGCGUCAAGGUGAUGGUUCGAAAGGCUGAGAAUCUGGCCAAGCUCACACGGAUCCCUGGAGCUGCAGACCAUUAUGUUGUCAUCAACCUGCGUCAGGAUGGGAAAGUGAUUGGUACCAAGGAGACCAAAGGAGUCAGUGGUCCUAACCCCGUCUGGAAUGCUCCCUUUCUGUUUGACCUCCCCCCUGGUGACAUCACUCAGCUGCCGCUGGUCUUUGAAUUCAUCAUCAUGCAGGGCCGUCUCUACACAAAGAGCAGCGUUUUGGGUUGUGUGGUGAUUGGCAGCGACGCUCCUGAGCCAGGACAGGCACACUGGAAGGAAAUGUGCAGUCGAGGUCAGGUCGAAACGGCUCGCUGGCAUUCUAUCCAAUCAGAUAUGCUGUAAGAGCAGUGGACAGACUGUUGGACUGCACUAACCACCGCCCCCUUGUUAGUGUCCAAAAGGUGGAGCCAUUUCUGGGUGAUUUUAUUACUUUUUAAAAUUUGAAUUUAUUAUUAUUAUUAUUAUUAUUAUU